AUGCGGCGACAGGCAGGCAAGCCCGUGGCAGCGUGCCGGGGCAGCGGGGCACUGGGCUUUGCCAGCAGCAUGCUGCUGCUGAGCCGCUCCGCUCUUCAUCUCCCAGCCUUGUGGUGGUACCUCUUCCUCUCUGCCGAUGCCCAGGAGGUGGCCACGUUCACGGUGCAAUACCGGGUGUUCGAAGAAGUGCCACCGGGAACGGUGAUAGGGACUCUGGCCGAGCACUUUGAGGGGGGUGAGAGCGGUGAAACAGCGGAUACCUUCCAGCUGAUGGAGACCCCCGGGAGGUUCCCGCUGCAUGUGGGGAGCGGGGAUGGGAUGCUCAGCACGGCCGGGCGGGUGGACAGGGAGCAGCUGUGCCGGCACAGCGAUCCCUGCUGGGUCUCGUUUGAUGUGCUGGCUGCCCGAAACCUGGCUCUGAUUCAUGUGGAGGUUCAAGUGCUGGAUGUCAACGACAACGCGCCGCAGUUCCCCACGCCCGAGCUGGAGCUGGAGAUGUCGGAGAGCGCAUCCCUGCGGACACGGAUCCCACUGGAUCGAGCCCUGGAUGCCGAUGCUGGCCCCAACGCCCGCUGCUCCUACGCCCUUUCCCCCAGCGAGCACUUUGCUCUGGAGGUCGUCUCCAGCUCCGAUGGGACGAGGCAUGCGGAGCUCGUCGUGGUUAAAGAAGUGGACCGGGAGCUGCACUCCUCCUUUGACCUCGUGCUGACAGCCACUGAUAAUGGGGAGCCGCCAAAAUCAGGUACCGCUUCAAUUAAAGUCAUUGUCCUCGACUCCAACGAUAACAGCCCUGUCUUUGCCGAGAGCUCUUUGACGGUCGAGGUUCGGGAAGAUGCUCUGCCCGGGACCCUCCUCGUGACGGUCACAGCCACGGACCCCGACCAGGGUCCCAAUGGGGAGAUCGAGUACAGCCUGAGCAAGCACGCACCCCCAGAGGUGCUGAGCGCUUUUGGCAUCGACACCCGCACAGGCAGCAUCAUCCUGAAGCAUCCACUGGACUACGAGGAAACCCACGCCUACGAGCUGGAUGUGCAAGCCCGGGACCUGGGUGCUAACCCAAUCCCAGCACAUUGCAAGAUCCUGGUCAAAGUCCUGGACGUCAAUGACAACGCUCCCGACGUCCAUGUCACCUGGGCCACGCGGGUGCCUGUGCUCUCCGAAGCCCUUCCCAAAGACAGCUUUGUGGCUCUGGUGACGGCCAGUGACCCCGACUCGGGAAGCAACGGGCAAGUGCAUUGCUCCCUCAGCCAAGGGUACGAGCAUUUCAGGCUGAAGAGGACCAACAGCCACAGCUACGUGCUGAUGACCAACGCUACGCUGGACAGGGAGCUGCGUGCCGAGUACAACCUGACGCUGGUGGUGCGGGACCAGGGUGACUUCUCCCUCGCCGUGCUGAAGCACCUCACUAUCUGCAUCAGCGACGUCAACGACAACGCCCCCUCCUUCGAGAAGGCCACCUAUGAGGUUGCUGUUGCUGAGAACAGUGAAGCACCUGCCUUCUUGCUCACCAUCCGUGCCACCGACCCCGACCUGGGUUUAAAUGGUAAAAUCACCUACAGCAUCCUGGACUCCUCUGCUUUGGGUCUGGUCUCAAUCGACCCCACCACUGGGGAUGUUUUUGUGCUCCAAGCUUUUGAUUAUGAGCAGGUGAGGAGCCUGGAGUUCCUGGUGACCGCGGAGGAUGGUGGUCACCCCAAGCUGACGUCCAACGUCUCCAUCAGGCUGGCUGUGCUCGACCGGAAUGACAACGCACCCGUCAUCACCACGCCGGUGCUGGUGGGAGGUGCAGCCAUGCUCUCUGUCCUGGUCAAUGUGGAGACGGGGUGCUUCUGGGUGGUUCCCGGGAAUGGGAGCACCCAAGGGACUGCAGUGGUGACCAAUGCAACACUCGUGUCCUGUGCCAGCGCUCCCUUCCUCUUCACCAUCACGGCCAGGGAUGAGGACUCUGGCAUCAAUGGGGCUCUCCGGUAUGAUCUGGUGGGUGGGGAUGAUGCUGGGCUCUUCAUCCUGGACCCUCUCUUGGGGCAGGUCUUUCUCAACGCCAGCAAUGCCAGCAGCCUCGCUGGCAGCGAGCAGGAGCUGGUGGUCCGGGUGAGUGACGAGGGGGACAUCCCCCUGCACACCCUGGCCCGGGUCUGCUUAGUUUUCCGGCAUCACGGAGCGUUCUCCAAAAUCUCAGCCCAGCAUCCUGGGUGGCUGAGCCCGUCCAUGGUGGUCGUUAUCUGCCUGGCUGCUCUCCUGGGUGGCUGUCUUCUCCUUUUAGCUUUAACCCUGUCUUUGCGGAAGAAGGAGAAGAAGGACGGCAUGGCCUACAACUGUAGGGAGGCAGAGGAUGCCCGCAGGCAGCAACAGCUCAAGAAGCCGCACAGGCAGAUCCAGAAGACAGAUAUCCACCUUGUCCCGCUGCUCCGGGGCCGGCCCCGGGAGGCUGAGCACCCCCAUCCCUGCCAGGAAGAUCUGCCCAGCACAGCUGCCCCUGCGCCGGGGGGCUCCCCACAGUCUCCCCUCCACCUCACCCCCACUCUCUACAGGACCCUGAGAAAUCAGAGGACCCAAAAAGACUCAGAUGAGCAGCAGGGGACCUUGAACCUGCCCAUCCUGCAGCGCCGGCCCUGCCAGCCCCACAGACCAAAACACCUGGUGAAAGAGGCUGCGAGCCCCCCAGAUGCACCACCGCACUGCAAGAGCUUGGUGAAGCCACCGCAGGGGCCCCCUGUGGGUGCUGGGGGACCUGGGCAACCCCAGCCCCACCAGCACAUCCUCAGGAGCCUGGUCCGGCUGUCGUUGGUGGCACUGGCGGAGCAGAGCCCCACUGGGGAGUUUGUGAUGGAGUCACCCCCAGUGCAGCAAAUCUCCCAGCUGCUCUCUCUGCUGCACCAGGGCCAGUUCCAGCCCAAAACAAACCACAGGGGAAACAAGUACACAGCCAAGAAUGGCAGCAGGGCUGCAGGGCUGGAUGCUGACUGCCUGAGCACGAAGGACAGCGGGCACGGCGAGAGCGAGGCAGAGGACCGCGAUUCGGAGAGCGGGUUUGAGCUCUCGGUGCAGCAGCUGGUGGGAGAGGAGCUGGAGACCCUCCUGGAGCCACAGGCAGAGCUGGCCCUCAAGAGGCUGACGGCUGCUGAUCCAGCAUGGGUGGCUCGGCUCUCCUUGCCGCUCACCAGUAGUUACAAGGACAACGUCUUCUCCCCUGACUCUCUGCAGUCACCUCAGGAUGACGAAGCUGCCAGGCAGGAGAAACCGAGGACCUUUGAGACCUUUGGCAAAGGUGCUGGGGCUGACUCGAAUGCCGCUGGGACAAGACUGGCCAGCACUUUCCUUUCAGAAAUGAGUACCCUCUUUGAAAUGAUUUUGUCCCAGAAGGUCCAAGUCCACAAUGAAACAGGCUCGGGGCUUCUGCGGCAGCUGUCGGCACAUGGGAAGAGCCUUGGGCUGGAAGACAGUGCUCCUGUUCUGUAGGCAGCUUGGCGGCUGUGAUAAGGAGAUAAGAGUCACAUACAGCUUCUUUCU